AUGCUAAGAAUAAUACCGAAAUCAUCUGUCGAAAGGCAAUUAAGUUCCCGGCUUGCCCAAGUGAAGGGGCGGAGAGAGUGUCCCGACUCAGCAGCAGCAGCAAUUGCUUUAUCAUCUCAUGUACAUCUUCCCAAGUUGAUCCUGGAAUCUCGGAGGCCUAUGACUACCUCCAGGCGACUUUGGACCGUUCCUGAGACUCUCUCCACCAAUGUUAGAUUUGAGCAGUUAAAUCAUCCCUUUAAGAGAAACUAUGUUCAAAUGAGAAUGAAUCCGAAUCAAGGCGAGAAAGAAUUGCCAGCAUUAGAGCAGUUUGGUACGAAUUUGACAAAAUUAGCCAAAGAAGGUAAACUUGAUCCCGUUAUUGGCAGAGAUGAAGAAAUUGCUAGGGCGAUCCAAAUUCUAUCAAGAAGAACCAAGAACAAUCCCGUCUUGAUAGGCCGUGCUGGUGUUGGUAAAACCUCUUUAAUUGAUGGUUUAGCUCAAAGAAUCGUCGCCGGUGAGGUACCUGACUCUCUGAAGGACAAGGAAUUAGUGGCGUUAGAUCUUGGAUCGCUAAUUGCAGGUGCUAAAUACAGAGGUGAAUUUGAAGAAAGAUUGAAAAAGGUGCUAGAGGAAAUCGACAAAUCGAAUGGACAAACUAUUAUAUUCAUCGAUGAGGUUCAUAUGUUGUUGGGACUUGGUAAAACCGAUGGAAGCAUGGAUGCUUCAAAUAUUUUAAAACCGAAAUUAGCUAAAGGAUUACGUUGUAUCUCCGCCACCACGUUAGAUGAGUUUAAAAUUAUCGAAAAAGAUCCUGCGUUAACCAGAAGAUUUCAACCGAUUCUGCUAAAUGAACCCACCGUGUCUGAUACCAUCUCUAUUUUGAGAGGUUUGAAGGAAAGGUAUGAAGUACAUCACGGUGUUAGAAUUACAGAUACAGCUUUGGUUAGUGCAGCGGUAUUGUCAAAUCGUUAUAUUACAGAUCGAUUUUUACCCGAUAAAGCCAUUGAUCUGGUGGAUGAAGCAUGCGCUGUUUUGCGUUUACAACACGAGUCAAAACCAGAUGAAAUUCAAAAGUUAGAUCGUGCCAUCAUGAAGAUUCAAAUUGAAUUGGAAUCUUUGAAAAAAGAGACCGAUCCAGUUAGUGUGGAAAGAAGAGAAGCGCUACAGAAAGAUCUGGAUUUGAAAAAUGAUGAGUUAAGUAGGCUCACAAAAAUUUGGGAUGAAGAAAAAGCAGAAAUUGAAUCUAUCAAAAAUAGCAAAGCCGAUUUGGAGCAAGCUAGAAUUGAGUUAGAAAAAGCUCAAAGAGAAGGUGAUUAUACCAAAGCGUCUGAACUGCGCUAUGCAAAGAUCCCCGAAUUAGAAAGAAAAGUCGAAUCAAAUGAAAAUUCAAGUGAUUCCGAGAGGCAAAAUCUGUUGCACGAUUCUGUCACCUCAGAUGAUAUAUCAAAAGUAGUCGCUAAGAUGACAGGUAUACCAACUGAGACUGUCAUGAAGGGUGAUAAGGAUCGCUUACUGUUCAUGGAGAACUCUUUAAAAGAAAGAGUCGUGGGACAAGAUGAAGCAAUUUCAGUGAUUAGUGAUGCAGUUAGAUUGCAAAGAGCUGGUUUGACGAGUGAAAAGAGGCCUAUUGCAAGUUUUAUGUUUUUAGGUCCUACUGGUACAGGUAAGACUGAGUUGACGAAAGCAUUAGCAGAAUUUUUGUUUGAUAACGAAUCCAAUGUGAUUAGAUUUGAUAUGUCUGAAUUUCAGGAAAAGCACACCGUUUCGCGCUUAAUUGGUGCGCCACCGGGUUAUGUCAUGAGUGAGUCUGGCGGUCAACUAACAGAGGCAGUCAGAAGAAAGCCUUAUGCUGUUGUGUUAUUCGACGAAUUUGAAAAGGCUCAUCCAGACGUGUGUAAGAUUCUAUUACAAGUUUUGGAUGAAGGUAAAUUAACAGAUUCCACUGGGCAUAUUGUUGAUUUCCGCAAUACAAUCAUUGUGAUGACAUCAAAUGUUGGCCAGGAUAUUCUACUUGCUGACAAAGAGCUUGGAGAUGAUGGUAAAGUGAGUACAAAGUCAAAGAAUAAUGUCAUUGAUGCCAUGAAACGACUAUAUCCACCUGAAUUUAUCAACCGUAUUGAUGAUAUUGUAGUGUUUAACAGGUUAUCGAAGGUAGUUUUAAGGUCGAUUGUGGAUAUCAGGAUUGAAGAAAUUCAAGAAAGGUUGAAUGAAAAAAGGAUGAAAUUAGUGUUAACUAAUGAGGCAAAAGAUUGGUUGACUGAUCAUGGGUAUGAUCCAUCCUACGGUGCUAGGCCAUUAAACAGGUUGAUUCAUAAAAGUGUUUUGAAUCCAAUGGCCACAUAUUUGUUGAAAGGUCAAAUAAGAAAUGGUGAGACAGUCGAGGUUUUUGUUGAUGAGAAAAAGAAAUUAUUUGUCAAGCCCAAUCACGAAGAAGGGGAAUCGAUUGAAGAAGAACCUGAAAAAUAA